UUCAACCGACGACAACGAAACACAAAAAGCUGCAAUCGUUGACACAAAAGCUACAACCAUAUGGUUGAAAAGCUUCAACCACAAACUACGAGGAAAGCCUGACAUUUUUGCUACAACCAGCAAAAAGCUUCAAGCGAUAUGAAAAAAGCUUCAACCGUUAUAGAAAAAGUUUCAAGCGACAUGAAAAAAGUUUCAACCAAAGUGAAAAAAAGCUUCAAACCAGCGGCGAGCGACGAGGGGAAGGCAUGAGGGUACUGCGACGAACGACGACGACGGGGGAGAGGGAUGAGGUGCUCGUGCGGUAGGAGGUUGGAGACGCGCGGGGCUAUGCGCCGGUGCAUAGCGGGGACGAGAUGCCAGAUCAGCUAUCGCAGUCAGAUCGAACGGCCGUCGCCGAUGGAAGCGCUUGUGCCGUUGCGCCGGCGCAAAGGUGUGCCCAUUCUGAAAACUCCUCCCCUCUAUAGGGCCGACAAGAUGCUCCUGAACAAUCUCCGCGGGUAGGCCCCAACCACCGGAUCUUGCUGGCAUGGCCAGGGCCCCAACCACCGGAUCCCGCCGGUGCGGCCAGGGCCCAACCACCGGAUCCCGCCGGCGUUGCCACGACCAAACCACCGGAUCCCUCCAGCGCGGCCAGGACCCACCGGCGGUUCCGCAGCCAUACCUGGCCUUCUCCUCCAUGCUUCUUCCCCCCACGCCGCUCCCCACUCUGCCUCCAACCUUCGCCGUUAUGGUCCGGCGACCUCCCUCCUCUCCCUCCCUACUUCCUCAACUGACUUGUCCAACUCUUGUGUCUCCUCCCACAGGUAGUUGAACUUCAACGGAUGGGGCAGUAGAACAGACGGUGAGCUCCGGCGCGUCCACCGUGCUCCCUCCCCUUCCCAAUAGUGGCCGCUGCCGGACACGGGAUCCAGCAUGAAGAAUCUCCACGAGGGGAGUCGCGGGAGGACGAGCUUGGGUAAGGAGAGGAGACGCGGAGUCGACGUGGUGCAGGCGCACGGUGGAGUCCCGAUUGGCAGCCCGACUCCGACGAGCCCGUCUACUAGUGAGCGUGUGCUUAGCCAUGGCAGCGACAACGCGGCCGCUGGAGACCUCCUGGCUGGUUCGUCCCCUCCCUAUCUCAACGAGUACGGAAGGUCUCUUCCCCUUGUUGUUGUAGACGUCCUGGGCUGGGAUAGUCUGAACUUGUCCAUCCAUACUUCACAUCUGGAGAGAGAGAGAGAGGACGAGGAGGAUGUGGAGCAGCAGCGGCAGGCUUUGGUGUUCACAUCGCGAGAGAAGAGGCAUCUCCUGAUCUCCUCGUCCCGGUGAAGCUCAGUGCACAGCGCAUCCAUGCACGUCGACCUUUGGGCCGCUGCUGAGAAAAUUGUUGUUGCUGCAAUUGUUAUUGUUCGGCUGAAGCACAAGACAGCAAACAAAUGGAGAGACAUGGCGAGGAUAUGACACAGUACAAAUAAUAAUAAAUGAAUAGACUGGGGGAGGAUAAAAUUGAGGUGUGCGGUGGACAUGGGUCACUGCUUUUGCGAAAUGGGCAACGACGCAACAAGCUUCUGGAAUGCCACCUCGGGGAAGGGCAAGUUUGGUCUGCGAGCACGGCGUGUGUGCUAGUCGUGUGCACACAGCAACCACCGAAGCCAAAAAUUGUAAAUUUUAGUAUGUAUGUGACUCGAAGUUCUCUAGAAAAUUUAGCGAUAAAAAUCUAGAAGUUCAUACUAUACUGGGCUGCAGGCUAGUGUGUUGAUUUUCUGCAGAAUUUGCAGGGGACUGCAACCUUGUAUAAUUUGUAGGACCAUGUGAUAGGUAGAAACUUGUUUUUUCCCUCUUCUUGUACUGUAUUUAGAUAAAUGCGUCGACCCCCUAUCAAAA